GGAAACGGAAAUGACGUCUUCAUGCAACGCGAAAACCACGUUGGCGUCAACAAUUAACUCACCUUCUCGUCCUCCUUGGAACUUGACCCGAAUCGGUUUGUCGAUGUAUUUGGACAAGUCGAAUAUACUCUCCUUCUUCUUCUUGUCUUUAUCCUAACAAACACAGAACAGCCUUAAUUGUCAUUUAGUCGCACGCAAGCUAGCCGCAGCAAGGCUAACCCCGGUUAGCCUGCCUGUAAAAAACACUUUUAAAACCACAUUUUACACCCGCGGCGUGUCUAGAAAGACAGCGACGCGUAACACGCUGCUGGUGAAAACGCGUGUCGGAGAACGUUGACGACAGCAAAGCGUAUGAAGUUUGAAUGAUAACGAAAAACAAUUCGGACUCACCGCCAUGUUUGCUGAGCGACGCGGAAGUACAGCUUUGGACUUCCGGCGGGCUCGGCCAAUCAGAGUGAAGAGGGGAGGAAAUGGAGGGAACGACGUCACUGUUUAAAAGCUGAGUCACAAACAUUCAUGCUAAUUUUCAAACUUUACUUUCAAACGCUCUCUACCUCUAACAACACAAAAGUUGUGAAAACGCUGAUGCUGUAUUCCAAAUCUACUGCAGGAGGACGCAUAAUCCACUGAUGUCUCCGGUUGCCGACCCCUGACCUAAAUGAUACAGUCAGUCUGGAGGGAUGUCUAUUUUUAUCUCCAGCUGGUGGGCUGUAACCUGAAGGUCAUUAGCUCCACGCAGAAGAGUUGUGACAUGGCCGGCAUAUCAGACGUCCUUCUCUCAGAGCGGAUAAACCAACUGGGAUCUACUUUACAAGCUGAAGUCACGCUACAAGUGGACGGCGAGUCUUUUUACGUCAGCCGUCGCCGGCUUGCUCAGCAGAGCCCCUACUUCCAGGCUCUGUUCUACGGCUGCGGCGUUGAACGCAAUAAAAGGGAAAUUGAGCUCAAAGGGAUCCGCUUGCAGUAUUUCAGGGUGCUGAUGGACCACAGCCGAACUUCCGUUCUUACUUUAAACAGAGAAAAUGUUUUGGGGAUCCUCGAGACCGCGGAUUUCCUCCAGCUGGAGCGUGCCAAGCUUCUGUGUUGCAAGUUCCUUGAACGUGAGCUCCAUGUCUGCAACUGCCUGGGAAUGAUGGCCUAUGCCUGGCAACGAGGUUGUACUCAGCUGUACACCGCAGCAAAGCAGGUGGUCCUUACACACUUCUCCGCAAUCGUCUCCGAGGAGGACUUUCUAUCUUUGCCUAAAGAGACCGUGGCGCACCUCCUAGCCAGCGAUGACCUGGCCAUCUAUAAAGAUGACUUGGCCCUGGAAGCGACCCUUCGCUGGGUGUCAUUCCACCCAAAACGAGAGGAUCACUUUCUGGAGCUCAUUGAGCUGGUGAGGCCCGAGUCUCUGUCCCUGCCGUUUGUCUCGAAGCUUCUUGAAACCAUGACACAAAGUUCGGACCCCAGAGCCAAGCUUAUCUGCAUGCUGAAUGAAAAAUUUCCCACUUCCUGGUCGCUCGGCAGGUCCCUGCAGAGGAUUAGUGCCAAAGAAACCCUCUUUGUUCUGGGUGGACCUCAUGAUCAGGAGCAACAAGCAUCCUAUCAGUUUCAUGCGCUCAGUGGAAGAUGGCAAAACUGUUCGCCUCUGCAGAGGAAGAACCUCACACAGUAUUCGGUGGCUUCAGUAGGAGACAGAGUGGUUGUGACUGGGGGCUAUUUCCGGGAUGUGCUGUGGUUCUGUGUGGACUAGGUCAGGACUUACGAAUGUGGGAACCAGCGUUGGGUGGAUGGGCCCGCUCUGCAGAAGUCCAGACACAGCCACUGCUCCAUUGCUCUCGAUUCCAACCUGUAUGUCCUCGGGGGAAGCAUGGACGAAGGGCUGGUGGCUGAUGUUGAGAGACUACUCCUGGGGUCAGGUGGGGGUUGGGAAAGCGUCAGCUCCAUGAUUCGGGCCGUUGAAAGAGCAGCGACAGCCGCUCUGGGCUCGUGUAUCUAUGUGGCGUGUGGCCUGGAUGAGAACGGGGAGGCGUACGGCGGAAUCCAGAAGUACGAUACCAAAGAAGAUCACUGGGAUGUCGUCUCCUUUUCCCCUUUUCCACGAUACGACCUUGUUGCGACCGAGCUCAACGGUGCACUCUAUCUGUUCGGAGGUCAAGCCUUGCGCUUUGACGUGGACACGGACGAAUGGACCGUGCUGGACGAGGAGUCUCUGGAGAAAAAGUUCUUCUGCGGCUGCGCCACAGUCAGCGGCCGGAUAUACCUGGUGUGUGAGAAAAAGGGCAACAAAGCACUCCCAAACAUGGUUCUGUUUGACCCUUACACAGACACUUGCAUGGAAACGGACAACGCCAUACCUUGUCCUGUGCCACUCAGAGGCUGCGUCACCAUUCAAGUGCGUACAUGAAGAGGUGGGAUGUUGAAAAGUCUUCGCAUCCACAUGAAGAACACUUUUACUUGGCACUGCUCGAAUCUGAUUCCAUACUUAAUUGUUUUGUGCAUAUUCUCAUUUACCAAGUUAUUGUCUUGGCGGCUACCUGCUAAGUGGCAUAUACUGCGCUAGCUUAAAUGCCAAAAAACGUCAUACCUCAAUCUAAACUUGUACUGAGCAACUAAGUUAUUUUAAUAUAUUAAACCUACAGGCUGUGUUCUCUUAAAACUGAGUGGUAAAUAUGAAAUAUAUAUAUAUAUAUAUAUAUAUACAUAUAUAUAUAUAUAUACACACACACAAUGAGGUGACGACUUGUCCAGGGUGUACGCCGCCUUCCGCCCGAUUGUAGCUGAGAAAGGACCCCCGCGACCCCAAAGGGAAUAAGCGGUAGAAAAAAUGGAUGGAUGGAUGGAUAUAUAUGUAUGUAUGUAUAUAUAUAUAUAUAUAUAUAUAUAUAUAUAUAUUAGGUGUGUAACGGUACGUGUAUUUGUAUUGAACCUUUUCGGUACGGGGGUUCCGGUCCGGUCCGGAGGUGUACCGAACGAGUUUCCACACGAACAUAUGAAGUAGCCGCCUAAGCUAAAGUCUUAACAAGCUGCUUCGCUCCGUUCUGCCUCUGUCUCUGUCUCCUACACAGCACCCAGCAUCGUCCCACCCACACAACCAUCUGAUUGGUUACAUAUAUAGUGGUAACAGCCAGUCAGCAGUGCGCAUGAAGUCAGCGCUUCAGAGUCGAGUGUUUACCAGGUGAGCAGCGGACUCGCCCCAAAUUAUACUAAACACCUCACAGUCAACAUUCUAGAUGACGUUCUAGAAACAAACUGCAGCUCAGCUCGCUUGCAGUCCUGGCUUGAGGUGAAGGCUAAUUAACUUUUAGCGUAAAGUUAGCUCAUUUUGUGGUGUGUGUGUUAGCUCAAUGUGCGGUGUGUGUGUGCGUGCGUGUAUGCUUGUGAUAUGAUAAUGUAAGUGCAUCAUUAAGCCUACAUGAACUCCAUGGUGUUCAGGGAUCAAUAGUCUCUCCUAUUGCUAAUGUACUAUUUUUUCAGCUAUAGUUACAUGAAUAUUAGUAAUGUAGCAGCCUAGUUUUGAUUGGCAGGUUCCCUGCUAUCACAUGUUGACAAAAAUAUAGCAUUUACAUAAUAAAAGUCAACUACAGGCUUCCCAAAUGCUGUAAUAAAUUAAGCAUGAUGAGUUGACUUGAAACUGUUUAAUGUUGCACUUUUUAUACGUAGAAGAAAAGUUUUGUCAUUUUAUUUAAUCUGAGCGACAACUUGAGGCAGUUUAAUGUUGAUUAAAUUGGGCAGAAUUGUUAUAGUGUUCCCAAAGUUAAAAGGAUAAAGCCAUUGUUUACAAAUUUGGGAAAUAAAUAACCACCACCAAUAACCUCUUACUGUACCGAAAAUGAACCGAACCGUGACCUCUAAACCGAGGUACGUAACGAACCGACAUUUUUGUGUACCGUUACACCCUUAGUAUAUAUAUAUAUAUAUGUAUGUAUGUGUAUGUAUAUAUGCAUGUACAUACAGUAUGUGUAUAUGUAUGCAUGUGUAUGGAUAUGGGUAUG